GUGGAGAUCUCCAGUCUGUAAGAUCAUGUUACAGCACACUGUGACUUUCCUGGUCACAUAGCCAAGGGGAACCAAAAUUGUCACCUCCCCAUCAAAACCCUCUCUCAGGGACUUCUUGAGCCAUGGUGGUGACUUGCCUGGUGUCACCAUGGCAGUGUAGGCCCUGGGAAUGCUCCAUCUCUGCUUGGCCAUCCCUAGGAAUGAGGGGCACCGUCACCAGAUAAGUGGAUGUGGAGGUAAAUUUUUUAAGCCGAGGCAAAGAACAACUGCAACUUUUGGGGUGUGGGAGAGUGUCAGCACUGCCCAGGGGAGAUUUUCAUCCUGGGCUCCAGGAAAGCUUGUGAUAGGGCAACUUGAGAUUGCUCAGACCUGGCUUUGAGGCGUUGCUGGCUCGUGAUGCUUGGGGAGCCAGGAAAGCUGUGGUGACCCCCUGGCCAUCCUGCGACAGCACCUAGUGGGUCCUGGCCCUGUAACUGAGCCGGGAAAGCAACUUUAAACACUUGGGGCUUUGGGGCCUUGUUGUGUUUCCAGCUGGUGGAAAUACUGGAAAUGUUUUCUGGGAUUCUUUUCCCUCCUUCUUCACUUUUGCUUGAGAUUACAACCUUCUCCCGAAGCCUAAAGUGGGGUGUCCUGCCAAAUCUGGGCAUCCAUCAGGACCAUGUCCAUGCACAACCCCACCAUGUACAGUGUUGCUCCGAGUGUUGGUGAUUUAACCGCAGCCGCCGAACCGGGAGAGAGGAUUUAGGAUUUUUCUGGGCAGGAAGGAGUUAAACAUCUGGCAGCAGCUGCUGGGACAGGCAAUAGGGUGCGUCAGAAGGCUGGCUUGGCUCCCGGAGGUUUUUGGGGGGCUCAGGUGUGUCCCCAGGCUCCGCGGGGUCCCCGAGGGGCCGCGCCGGCAGCGGGAGGCUGCGGGAGGGGAGAGGAGGGCUUGGCAGGGCCGGCGGCGCGGCCGCUCCUCCCCCUGCUCCGCUCCGGUUUGAAGGGUCGAGCGCCGGAGCCUGGGAGGAGAGAGCGAUGUGAGUGCUCCCAGAGUCUGGCCGGGGCAGAACUCCUGCCUCUUCCCUCCUUUCCUUCCUCCAGCCUCUCCGCUCCGCUCUCGGGAGACACGGAGCUCGUCUUCCCUUCCCAAUGGCCCCACCUCGCUUGGGAUUUCUGCUCCUCCUGGCUUGCUGCUUCUCCUGCUCUGAAACACAGCUCCUGAACUGGGUUUGGGACAGCAGGAAGACCACAGGAAGCCCAGCAGCACCCAGCGAGGGAAUCCCGGCGUUGGAGCGGCCAACCUCAGCAGCAGCUCCGGCUCCCAGCCCGUCUCCAGGGACGUGGGGCGGUGAGGUGGCGGGGAAUGUCACCACCCCACGGCGGCAGGAGCCAGAUCCUGCUACAGCAGCUCCUGGGGGCGAGGGGACCGCAGCCAAAACCACGGAGCAGUGGGACAGGAAUGCCAUGGUGGAGAGCACUGUGUGGCCAAGCAUCGCUCCUCCCCACAGCAUGUCACCUGCCCCAGGACAGCAGGUGGCCAGCAGCCCCACCGACAACCCUCGGCUCCUGGAGACAGGGACCAUUGAGCACCUCCAGAUCCUGGGGUCAGGGAACACUGAGGAUCCCCAGCUCCUGGGGACAGGGACCAUCGAGGACCUACAGCUCCUGGGGUCAGGAAACACUGAGCACCUGCAGCUCCUAGGGACAGGGACCACUGAACAUCUGCAGCUCCUGAGUAUGAGGACAACAAAAGAAGCCCAGUUCCUGGGGUCAGUGACCUCCAAGGAUGCACAGCUCCUGGGGACAAGGACUACUGAGGACCUGCAGCUGAUGAAGUCAGGGACUACUGAGAACCCACAGCUCCUGAGGAUGGGGACCACUGAGGACCCCCAGCUUCUGGGGUCAAGGACCUCUAAGGACCCCGAGCUCCUGGGGUCAGGGACUACUGAGGAUUUGCAGCUGCUGGGGUUGGGCACCACUGAGGACCCUCAGCUCUUAGGGAUUAGCACAGACCUGCAGCUCCUGGGGACAGGGACCACCAAGGACCCACAGCUCCUGGGGACACGGACCACUGAAGACCCACAGCUCCUGGGGACAGUGACCACAGAAGACCCACAGCUCCUGGGGAAAGGGACCACUGAGGACCUACAGCUCCCAGGCAUGUUGACCACUGAGAAUCUGCAGCUCCUGGUGAUGAGGAACACCAAGGACACCCAGCUCCUGAGGACAGUGACCCCUGAGGACCCAGAGCUCCUGAGGACAGUGACCACCGAGAAUCCAGAGCUCCUGGGGACGGGAACUCCUACAGCAAUGGAGACACAGGUGUCCUUGCAGAGACCAGCGGGUCCCCAGCCAGAGAGCCUGAGUGCAGAGGUCAGCCUGCUGGAGCUGAUUGGGGACCCGCCAACGGAGGAGAUCCACAGAAUUUAUGGCCCCGACAACAACCCUGGCUACGUCUUUGGUCCCAACGCCAACACGGGCCAGGUGGCCCGGUACCACCUGCCGAGCCCUUUCUACCGGGACUUCUCGCUGCUGUUCCACAUCCAGCCCACCACGCCCCGGGCCGGCGUGCUCUUUGCUGUCACGGACUCCUCGCAGAGCAUCAUCUACGUGGGUGUCAAGCUCUCAGAGCUGCGGGCGGGCCAGCAGCAGAUCAUCUUCUACUACACAGAGCCGGGCUCACCCAGCUCCUACCCAGCCGCCACCUUCACCGUGCCCACCCUACUCAACCAGUGGACACGCUUUGCCAUCAGCGUAGAGGAGGAGGAAGUCGUCCUCUACCUGGACUGUGAGGAGCAUGAGCGCGUCCGCUUCGAGCGCUCCCCAGAUGAGAUGGAGCUGGAAGAGGGCUCCGGGCUCUUCGUUGCUCAGGCUGGAGGGGCUGACCCAGAUAAAUACCAGGGUGUGAUUGCAGAUUUGAAGCUCCGAGGUGACCCGCGAGCGGCCGAGCGCCAGUGCGAGGAAGAGGAGGAUGACACAGAGGUCUCUGGGGAUUUUGGCAGCGGGAUGGAAGGUGGACAGAAGUUCUCAGGCAAGGUAGAGGGUGUCCCAGGGCUGGUGGAGGCUGUCCCCGUGACCUCCCCCCCCGUGGCGGGGGGCAGUGGCCCGAGGAGUGGCGGGGGGUCCCUGCAGCAGGCCGAGAGGACCAGGGUGGAGGAGACGCUGCAGGUCUCCACGGGAGGCACCGGCCGGAAAGGCGAAAAGGGGGAGAAGGGGCAACGUGGCUUGAAAGGGGACUCAGGGACCGAUGGUACCAUAGGGCCAGGCAGUGUCAAGGGUCAAAAGGGUGAGAAAGGAGACCUGGGUGUCAAGGGCAGUGCUGGAUUUGGCUACCCUGGCUCUAAGGGCCAGAAAGGAGAACCAGGUGACCCUGGACCCCCUGGGGCCCCGUCUCGGCACACUGAUGGCUCGGUGGUGGAGCAGGUCACCGGCCCCCCAGGGCCACCAGGGAAGGAUGGAGCCCCUGGCAGGGAUGGCGAGCCUGGUGAUCCCGGCGAGGACGGCAAACCUGGUGAAAUGGGGCCCCCGGGGUUCCCUGGGCUGCCGGGGGAGCCAGGCCUGAAGGGGGAGAAGGGUGACCCAGGCAUGGGGCCGAGGGGACCUCCUGGACCACCUGGCCCUCCAGGACCGCCGGGACCUUCCUCCAAGAAUGACAAGCUGACCUUCAUCGACAUGGAGGGCUCAGGCUUCGGCGGUGACCUGGAGAGCCUGCGGGGUCCACAAGGGCCACCUGGUCCCCCAGGGCCACCUGGUGUGCCUGGUUUGCCAGGAGAGCCAGGACGGUUUGGGAUGAACCGCACGGACCUGCCAGGACCACCAGGGCUGCCGGGCAGGGAUGGGAUCCCUGGGCCCCCGGGGCCAGUGGGUCCUCAGGGUCCUCCAGGAAGAGAUGGGGAGGCCGGGCAGCCAGGGCCCAAAGGAGAGCGGGGCGAUGUGGGUGACCUCGGCCUCCCUGGCCUACCGGGACCCAAGGGCAACAAAGGAGAAGCGGGACCAGUGGGACCCCCAGGAGAAAUGGGCUUAGCUGGCCUUCCCGGGCCCAUCGGACCCCGAGGGCAGCCAGGGCCCCCCGGACCCCCGGGACCACCGGGGCCAGGCUACGAGGCUGGAUUUGGUGACAUGGAGGGCUCGGGGCUGUCAUUCAGCCCUGGACCACCUGGACCUGAAGGACCACAGGGUGUGCCGGGACUGCCAGGGGUGAAGGGAGAGGUUGGCAGCCCCGGACAGCCUGGCUUGCCAGGAGCAAAGGGAGAUACUGGCAUGCCUGGUGUGGAUGGCCGCCCUGGCCUGGAGGGCUUCCCUGGACCACAGGGACCCAAAGGUGACAAAGGCAGCGCCGGUGAGAAGGGAGAGCGAGGCCAAGAUGGAGUGGGGCUGCCUGGCCCCCCUGGACCACCUGGUCCCCCUGGACAGGUCGUCACUGUCUCCAGUGAAGAUAAGUCCUUGGUGGCUUUUCCUGGUCCAGAGGGAAGACCAGGCCACGCUGGCUUCCCGGGACCAAUGGGACCAAAAGGAGACCAGGGGUCAACUGGUCCCCAGGGUGCCCCAGGGUUGAAGGGGGAGAAGGGGGAGCCUGGUGUCAUCAUCAGCCCCGAUGGGACUGUGGUCACUGCCAAGGUGAAGGGAGAAAAGGGGGAGCCGGGGCUGCGGGGUCCAAUGGGACCAUCGGGUCCCCCAGGACGAGCAGGGAUGAAGGGAGAGAUUGGCUUUCCGGGCAGACCCGGACGUCCCGGCAUGAACGGGCUGAAGGGCGAGAAGGGUGACCCCGCGGAUGUGCUGGGCUUGCGGGGCCCCCCAGGCCUCCCAGGACCCCCUGGGCCCCCUGGGCCACCUGGCAGCAUAGUCUACAACAAUGGCAAUACCUUCAGCGACUCUGGCCAUCCGGUGUUCCCUGGUUUCCACCAGUUCCCAGGACAAAAGGGAGAGAAAGGUGACACUGGACCCCCAGGACCCCCAGGCCAGUUCCCUUAUGACAUGAGUCACUUCGGUACCAGCCUGCGGGGUGACAAGGGGGAUACAGGUCCCAAGGGUGAGAAAGGCGAGCCAGGCAGCACCCCACUCUAUGGUCCUGGAGUCUCUGGACUUCCAGGGCCUCCAGGGCCCCAGGGAUACCCUGGGCUGCCGGGUCCCAAGGGGGACAGUAUUGUUGGGCCUCCGGGGCCUCCAGGACCUCAGGGUCCCCCUGGUAUCGGAUACGAGGGGCGGCAGGGCCCCCCUGGCCCUCCUGGUCCUCCUGGCCCACCCUCCUUCCCAGGUCCCCACAGACAAGCUGUCAGCAUCCCUGGACCCCCGGGACCACCAGGACCCCCUGGACCACCAGGCACUAGUGGGAUGUCCUUGGGGAUCCGGGCCGUGCCCACGUACCAGGCGAUGCUGAGCAGCGCGCACGAGCUGCCUGAGGGCAGCCUCGUCUUCCUGACCGACCGGCAGGAGCUCUAUGUCCGCCUGCGCGGGGGCUUCCGCAGGGUGCUGCUGGAGGAACACAACCUGAUCCCCAGUUCGGCUCUGGACAAUGAGGUGUACGACAAACCGCCCACCCUCCACUACGCUGGCCCCCAGCCCCGCGGGCCCCUGCACCCGCUCCGCAACCAUGUCCCCCCAGCCACCGCCCGUCCCUGGCGUGGGGACGAGGUGGUGGCCAACCAGCACCGCCUGCCCGAGCAGCCCUUGCUGCACCACCAGCAUGAACUCAUCAACGGGUACUACAUUCACCGCCGGCCAGAUCCUGUGCCCGUGGCCGCCCAUGUGCACCAGGACUUCCAGCCAGCACUUCACCUGGUGGCCUUGAACACCCCGCUGAAUGGCGGCAUGCGCGGCAUCCGGGGCGCCGAUUUCCAGUGCUUCCAGCAAGCCCGGCAGGUCGGGCUGGCUGGCACCUUCCGCGCCUUCCUGUCCUCACGCCUGCAGGAUCUCUACAGCAUCGUGCGCAGGGCCGACCGUGCCACCAUCCCCAUCGUCAACCUCCAGGAUGAAGUGCUCUUCAAUAACUGGGAAGCCCUUUUCAUGGGCAGCGGGGCCCCACUGCAAGCUGGUGCCCGCAUCCUCUCCUUUGAUGGCCGGGAUGUCCUGCGGGAUGAGGGAUGGCCGCAGAAGAGUGUCUGGCACGGCUCGGAUGCCAAGGGCCGGCGCUUGCCCGAGAGCUACUGCGAGACGUGGCGGACAGAGGAGCGCACAGUCACUGGCCAGGCUUCGUCCCUGGCCUCUGGAAAACUGCUGGAGCAGGUGGCCAGCAGCUGCCAGCACGCCUUCAUCGUCCUCUGCAUCGAGAACAGCUUCAUGACCUCCGCCAAAAAGUGACACCCGCCCUGGUGCCCCCUGGUACCCCGAUGUCCCCGGGAAGGGUAGGGCCAGCCUGCACCCCAGCACCCCUGGGCCCGUCAGCUCCCUUCACACACCCACUCCCGCCCUGCAGGGUUUCCUUGUCCCACAGACCUGAAGCCAAAGAAGUAUUGCCAUGGCCCCUGCCCAGGGUCAGCAGGGGCUCAGGUCCCACUUGGGGCAGAGCAGCCAUGGGCCGGCAGCCUUCCUCCUCCUCUUCUAACUCCUAAUAUUUUUAACUACUUCAGCUGGUUCCUCUCCCUGCUCGGAGACUCCUUUUGGGGUGGCUGGGUGGGAGGAAGCUUGGCAGGGAGAUUUCAGUGCUGCCAUGUGGGCUGUCCCCCACAAAAGCCUGUGCAAGCUCUCUCACCAGCCCCCUGGCCCCAUGCUGUCCUGACCAGGAGGUUGGGUUAAGGCCUAAAUCCCUGAUGAUGAGGCCAUGGGGUCUUCUCCAGCCAAGACCCCAGCAUCCUACCCAAAAGACUGUCCCAUGGCGAUGCUGGGGCUCUCCCAGAUGGUCUCUGUCCUCCCCAGGUAAGGACCAUCCCCUCAUCAUCCUCACCUCUACCUCCCAGCCAGAAGAGCUCUGGUGGGGGUCUGGUCUCCCCUAUCCCAUCCAUGCACCCUGGGGAUUCCCAGCUGUGCCCCCACAGCCCAGGUACAGCCACAGCCAGCCCAGCACAGGUACUGGAGUGACAGGGUGACCCCGAGGCGUGGCACAUGUUUCUCUGUGUCUGUGGGUGUUGGGCACAUGUGGUACCAAGGGCAGGUACUGCCAUCCCCCCCUCCCCGUGCCACCUUUGCUGGGCUCGAAUGGCGAAGGCGCGGCAAAGCUGGUUGCAACUGGUGUGGGCAAAUCCAAGGUGCUAAAUAAAAAAAAAACCAAAAAAAAAAAAGGAAAAAGGAGAAAUCUGUAACUAGCUUUUUUUUGUUAUUGUAUGGAAAUUAUUACCAUAAAAGCUGUGCGAGUCACACGGUCUCUAUUUCUUACAGUCUACUGUAUUUUGUGUAAUUAAUGCAAUUUAAAGCCUGUGGAUCUUUAUAUUAUUUUUUUGUUGUCAGUUGUGUCCUAUAAACCAUUUUCUAAAGGCACUGAAUAAAGAAACAUCCUCUUGUA